CACUCUGAACGCAGCAUCAUUUUCCACCGGUGCCGAUUCAUCAGAAAGUCGUCCCUCACCUCAUUACAAGCAAAAACAAGCCCAAGUAAUCAGCAACAAUGAAUGUCUCCCAUGAAAUUGAUUUGCUGGUUCAGGAGAUCCAGCGACUCGGCAGUAAAAACACUGAUGGUAAAUUUAGCGUAAAGUUCGGGGUCUUGUUUAAUGACGACCGUUGUGCCAACAUCUUCGAAGCGCUGGUGGGCACCCUGAAGGCCGCCAAGAAGAAGAAGGUGAUCGAUUUCCAGGGGGAGCUGCUUCUGCAGGGCGUCCACGACAACGUUGACGUCAUCCUGCUCCAAGAAUGAGAAGCCGGUGUUGGGAUAGGACAGCCUUCUAGCAGCUGCGGGUCUUUCCUUCACAAGGCUCAGUAUUUGAACUGAACUGCAAUAACCAAUCGGAUUUGACCUAACAGUACACCGGCAGACUCAGCUGGCAUGUCUACAUAGGAUUUUUUUUUUUUUUUUGCUUUCUAUGUGACAAAUUAAGUAGUGAUUUUGACCACAGAUCAGGAAUAUAAUACUUUGUGCUAAUGCAUUCAUUUGCCUCUCUACAGUUUAUUAUCAUGACCCUAGAUGACCCACAGGACAGCAUGCUCACUAGAUUUAGCAGCUUUAGCAAACUACUGUACACUUUUCAUUUGCUCUCUCUAAUUGUUUGUGACUGAUACCAAGCUGCACUAGGCUAAUCCUCCCUUUGGUAGUGGGAGUUACGACCUCAUUACUUGGUAAGUGUAACUGCUUUAAAAUCUUGUACAGCUCUGAGACAAAGGGUAGUGUGUGCUCUCCAACUGUGCCACCAAACGGCCGUUCCAGUAAUUGUUUACACAAGACAUGUCUACUACCUCUUAUUUGACCAGGGCUUUUGGAAAUUCAAGAACAUCUCCGUGAUAGAAACUAACUAAAUGACAGCUCAAGUGCAUUUAAAAAAAACAAAAAAAAAAAACACUUUUUUUUUUUGUACUGCGAUGUGCUAAAGUCGCUUUUUAUUCCAUCUUUUUAUACGUAGUCAUUAGUGAAAUUUCUCUGCUAAACAAGCUCCAAAAAUUGCCUUUUCAUAGAAAUAGCUGAUGAGCAAUGGCGAAUGUAUUUUUUGUGCAGUUUUUAUUAGUGUAUAAUUACAGGGUGAUUGGUGCCAAAUGCUAAAGGUGACUCAGGACCAAAACAAAGCAACCAAAAUCUGUUUAACUAUCGUGCUGUGGCUUAAAUUAGAGAUACAAAAGGUGCAUUUGCAGUUUUGUUAGUUUCUUUAAUUUUAGCACUGUUUUGUACUGUAGGUCAAACAAAACUUAGCAGACCAGGCAUGACAACUCUUAUAUCAAAAUUCAGCACUUGUAGGUGAUUUAUUCUGUUUUAGCCAUUUUUGUUAUCAGUUUUUCUGAAAUAUCAUCAACAGCCAUUCUUGGCCCACUAUGGAGGCCCAAAGCAGUUCAAAUUAAUACAAAAACAACAUUGUGAGUUAAGUAAUUUCCUGAAUAACUAUUGAUAUGGUUGAUUUAAAACAAAAAACAGAUGUUUGAAAUCAGCAUGAAGUAUUAAUCAAAUGGUAAUUCCUUUUCAUUUUGAGUUGAAGCAAAGGCAAGACACGUCUGGUUGUAAGCUAGCCCGCUUCUUUCUACUAAUAAGAGAGUUUAUUCUGACUGAAAAUUUGGGAAAAUAUUAUUCACAAUAUUCUUGUUUUACAACUGCAUCACUCUUUCCCGUCGGUGUCGAUGGACAGACAAGACACAGCCAUGAAAAAUUACAUUUGCAAAUCUUUACAGAUAAAUUCCUUUGUAAACUAAAAUUGACAAUAUUAAAAAAAUUAAACUGCUUAUUAUUGCUUAUUAAAUUUCAUGUAAUAAAGAAAGCAGGGUGAGUCAAAAAAUUUUUUUAUUCAUAAGCAAAGUUUGGAACAGUAAAGGCUGAUUUCCACAAUUUAUCUUAGUUAAGUCAUUUAACUUAAAUUAAUAUAGUUUUGAGCGCUUUGGGCCUCCAUACAUUUGGAAAAUCUUGAAGCUGUUUGAAUGUGUAACAUCUUGUAGCUGACAUCUCUUUAAUAAAAUCAUAUCCUUUUUUUUCUGUUUUAAAAUUAGGCCUCCGUCAUGUUAUCAUUCACAUUUUUUUGCUUCUCAUGAUAAGAAGCUGGUUAUCAGCCUUGUGGAACAACACCUGGUCUGCUAGUUUUGUAAGACCCAUGUCACGUUCACUGCUGUUGUGUCAGCCUUGCUAAAUAUUUUGCAUUCAGGUGUAUUUGUUUAAGCUUGACUUGAAAUGUGCAUUUCUCUCUUUCUCAGUAUCAAUGGCACAAAUGGAUCCAACUUGAUUAUGAAUGAAACUAAACUGUAACCUGAUCACAGAAACGUGCUGCUUGCCAUCCUGCUGAUGCUCAGGUGUGAGUUUCGGGUGACUUUCGAAGCGCAAAUGCAAAUUACAAGCGAACGUUUGGCAGGAGGGAGAAAAUAAUGAUCACUGCCGAGCCAAUACCUCGAGCCAUUUCUGUGAACAAGUGGGACGCCUGUGUGAUGUGUUCAAGUGCGUGAUUACUGUGUUUUGUAUUGGCAAUAACACAUUCCUAGAAGAGGUUUCUGUUACUGUGGAAUACAUUCCAAGGAAUAAAAUCUUUAC